AACAAUUGCGAAAUGAAGGUCCUAACUCUUCUCCUCUUCACUGCCUUGGUGGCAGUGGCAUCUGGCCGCCCCAACGGCGGUUGGUUCGGAAAUUUUGGCGGCAACUGGGCCAGGAGGUUCGGUUGGGGCUCCGGCGACGAUGAAACCGUGCAGGAACAGAAGUGGAAUAGCCAGAAUCCGUGGAAUCCAAAUGGCCAUGGUCAGGGUCAGUGGAAUGGCGGACAUGGUCACGGACAAUCUCACGGAAAUAACCAAGGCCUCGGCCAAGGAAACGGACACGGAAACAACCAUCAUGGUCAUCAUGGCAACAAUCAUGGUCACGGCAAUGGUCAUGGUCACGGUGGACACCGCCCUCCACCACCACCACCACCAACGGAUCUGCCUGAGCUGACCACCGAGGAUGAUGUUGUAUCCACCACUAAUCCCGCGGAGGAGACCACUCUGGCCCCCGAGGUUCCAGAAGAAUCUACUACCCAGGCACCGGAGGAAAUCACCACUGAAGAUGGUAGCGGUUCCUCGGAAGACACCACCACCUUGGCCCCUGAAGUUCCGGAGGAAUCCACCACUCAGGCACCGGAGGAAAGCACCACCGACUCUGAGGACGGUAGCGGUUCUGAGGAUACCACUCAGGCUGCGGAAGAAACCACCACCGAGGAGCCUGAAGAAUCCACCACCGAGGCUCCCGAAGAAUCGACAACGGAAGCUCCCGAAGAAUCCACAAGUGAGGCACCCGAAGAAUCCACCACAGAGGCACCCGAAGAAUCCACAAGUGAGGCGCCCGAAGAAUCCACCACAGAGGCUCCAGAAGAAUCAACCACAGAGGCUCCAGAAGAAUCCACCAGCGAGGCUCCCGAAGAAUCGACAACCGAGGCGCCUGUAGAAUCCACAAGUGAGGCACCCGAAGAAUCGACGACCGAGGCUCCUGAAGAAUCCACAAGUGAGGCGCCCGAAGAAUCCACUACCGAUUCUUUAGCGGUCUAGGAAGUUAGUAUCAUAGUUUCCAAGGUCCCUAGUGCAUUUUCUGAAUAAUCCUUAAAAACUUGGCGUUUCCAAGUAACAAGGUUAUUAAACAAAAUAUGGUGCAAAUAUUAAACUGUUAUAGCUAAAUUAUUAACGUGUUCACCCAGAAGAAGGUGAAACCAUUUCUAGGGUUAGGAUUGAAACCUCAUGAAACCACAUCGUGUUAUGUAGUCACGCAUUCGCCAUUUAGUUUUAUAGUUUCAACAAUCUGAACAAUUAAACCACCCGAAAAACGAAAAAAUCCAAA